AUGCUUUUGAAAGAAAUCAACCACGGCGGCGUUCCGGAGCCCAGUCCCGCCAGCGAGCCGCCCUCGACGGUCGCGUCGCCGAUCAAGCCGCUCAAUUGCACGCCGAUAUUGAAGGAAACAGACCAAUUCACCGCUCAAAAGAGAGACUUUAAUUCGUCCUCAGAUACGUACGUGAGCGAUUCCGAAACAGCCGAGCGCGCGCAGAUGGCCGAGCCGCAUUUGGACCUGUUCACGCGCAACUUCGAGCAAGACUCGUCGAUUGACUACAGUAGAGAACAUUCGGAAGUAGAACCACCACAAACACAAGACCUUGAUGCUGGGAAUGCGGAAAACGAAAACGAACAGAUGGACUCCAAAACUGACUUGGAGCCGCUGCCGGAGAAAACAGACGGCGCUGCCUCCCCUAAUAAAAGCAUCAUGAAGAAUCCUGUCGAGGCCGCCACCACGUCUCCCAAGAAAAACGUCGCGUUUCUGGCUGGGCCCGACUUGCAGACCGUCCAUUCUUACCCCGGCGACGAUAGUCUCUCUCAGCCAGAGCUCAAGGCUCCAGCUCCGCCAAUGGUGCAUCUGUGGACAGGGCUCGAGGAGCAUUCCCUCGACGAUACCGAUGCCGAGACCACACAGCCGCCAAUGCCGCCACCACACUCCAGCCACACCGUCACGGGCCUCUUGAGCAUGGAUGCUGCCGAAACCAGAGACGAGCCAGACAUCUCCCAGUUGACCGAGUACAAACUCACGCACAAAAACUUCAGCAAUCUCUCAUUGAACGAGAAAAUCGACGUUUUCUUGAGCAACAAGCCUCACGACGACCUAAACGAACAUCUCGACAACCUCGGCAAAGCCGCCCCAGAGGAAACAGACGUCAACAUCCACCGACUCUCGUACCAGCUCGCGGCGCACGAGCCGGAAGCACAGGAAAAUCCCUUGAAUGCCCUCACGCAUGGUCUAGAGUAUCGCUUGAGCGCAUCUGCUCGCUCCUCGCAAUCGUCUCUACAAUCUUUGGUCGACUCCAAUAAGUAUCUCCAAUCUAAUCACAUCGAGAAACAAUCCAAGGGAUUGCAACUCAACGAUGGUAUCAAAGGCUUCUCAGAUAAACUCGCCACCGAAAUCAUCCCCAACACUCUUGAUAGUGCAGAGUCGAGCAGAGACCAGCUUCACUUCGAGCCCACGCUUGCUACGCGGCCGCUGAUACCAGAAUCCUUAGGCUCCAUUAAGGAGGAUCUGAGCGCUUCAUUCAACCAAUCACAGACCGAGAAAUCAAUUAUGAACCUACUAGAAUCGGUAUCGCAAAUUAACUUGGUCGAAAAGGCGGCCAUUGAACCUAAUUCUCAAACCAAAGAAAGUCCAGACUCGGAGCAUGGCGAAUCUGAGGCAUCAACAGACGCAGAGAGCGAACAUUUCGAUCCAGUGAAACAAGAAUCCUUCAUCAAGGCAGAGUCAGGAACUACCGCAAUCAAGCUAGAACCAACAGAGCCAAUGGUGAAAUCAGAGCCUAGUGACUCUAUGGUUAAGUCGGAGCCAAACGAUGAGGUCGCGCAAGAAGCUUCUCAUCUACCUUUUGUCAAAAGUGAGGAUGUUUCUGAGGUGAAACAAGAACCUGAUACUUCUGUCAAAUUGGAGUUGGACGACUCUCUCCAGGCCCCAUCGCUGCCUGAGCCACGCAGAGGUAGUGAAUAUUCGAAGAAUGGUUCUGUUUCGGACGCUCUGCCCAUAAGCGCUAUGAUUGAACCUAAGUACGAUGCUGUUACCAUCCAAAAAGCCAUCAGCGCGGGUCAAGUGAAACUCAUUGGUCCUCUCUCGCCCCAGUUAGGCAGCAAUCCACUCGAGUGGAAGAAUGACGUAAGCGCAAGUGACACAAUUGAAUUCGCUGAUGAGUCUGGCGAUAUUCCAAGAAGAACGUUGGAUACAAAGCACCAUACUGGCCUAGGCUCGCCUAUUAAGCCUAUCAAAGCGUCUGUUGAACAGCCACUUGCAGACGAAAGAGAUUCUUCUGUGGAAAAGACAGAGGAGAGUGAAGAGGCCAAAAACUCAGCAGCAAAAUCUGCCAAUCCUGUCGCACAAUCUAGCUCGGUCAGCCACGCUCUCACAUCUAGUGAUUAUGAUUCUAGCGUCCUUGCAAACUCAUCCAAUGUCCAGCCACCUUUUAAUAUCAAGCUACCCGCUGUUGAGCUCAGUGACUCUGAAUUUGAUGACUUGAACAAGAAAAUCAACGAGAAGAGUUUGUCUUAUGAAGAAUCCCUUUCUGCCGAACAUGACGCUGAAAAGAAAUCAUUGGAUUUCCUAUCGAUCUGGCACUCGCAGCAUCUUAAAACAAAGGCCGGAAGUCAGCCCCCUAGCAAAUUGUACCAAGUUCCAUCGCUUCUGUUCUACAACACAGCAGAUCUCUCUCAAUGCGCCAAAUUCCAAGUGCCAAAGUCCUUGAAGCCUAAGAAGUUCCCAGAAGUAAACGUGUUAUCCACCAAAGUCGUCAGUCUGUCGUACGAGAAUCUCUUCGAUUCUGGAUUUCUUCCAGAGUUGUCUCAAGAUUCGGGAAUAGAGGACCAUUUCGAUGUCUUCUUCAGAAACAUCUCCGCAACGCAGGAAGAGAACAUUCGCCAGAAAAACUCGUUGAAACGCAGAAAGAGUACGUCUUCUGACAAAGCCAUGAAAGAAUCUGCUUCACGCCAGUUUACCAUGAACAGGCGCUCUCAACCUGCCAAUUACAAUACCUUGAGACCUCGCUAUAUUAGCGAUAAUGGAAAGGGAGAGAUGGAAAUGCCUAAGAGAUCUCGUUUCACUGUACCAUCUUUCGAAAUCAAGCGGUCUUCUUCAAUUCUUUCUCCAAAAAACAUGUACAAUGAUAUAUUCCUGGAUAACUCGUCGAUUGAACCUACCAUCAAAGCCACUGGCAUGAAAACGUUGCCCAGUAUGGACAAGGAUCAAAUAAGAAAGAUCAUGGAUAUGAAAGAGGCUAUCACACAGACUGGAACCUCGAAGUUGAAGGCAGUGGGAAAAACAGCCACUCCCGAGGUUAAAAUGCCCACAGAGGAAAACAAGCCGCAGAUCGCGUCGAUUCACUGCGACUCAUUGGUAUCUAACGCGGACCCUGCCAAGACCUUUGGCGACUUCCCACAUGUGGUAUCUGAAAUCAUCACAAAGCCCAUUGCCAUCAAGUCAAAUGAGCGUAUAUUUGAGCCCAUUACUCCAAAACUGGAUGGCAAUUCUCCGGUUGUUGCAGCUCGUGAAAGAUUCAGUUCGAACAAUCCGUUUUUGGAGAAACCAGCCGAUAACACAGUUUUCCCAGACCCGGAUCCAGAACUUAUAGCUACGCCGAUGCGCCCAGCCGCAACAGGCUUGAAGGUGAAGAAACAAAGAACUAAAGAGAACGGACCUACUGUGGGCACGCCAAACGCCUCGCCAGAGAGAAGAAGCCCCAUUAAACAAGGUGAGCGGAGCAACAGAGGAUCGCCGAUCAAGAUCAAUUCUCCCGUGAAGUUGGUGAAGAAAAACGGCUCUGUCACCGGCGUUGUUUUGGACAGAAACAUUCCUGAGUUCAACGGUGUAGACAUCAAAAACACCGUCAACAACGACCCGCCAGUUUUGGAGAAGAAAUCGCGCCAUACGUUGAGCACAGUUUCCGUUCCAACGAUUCCCACGGCCGACUGCCUGUCAGCCACUGCGGUUGAAUUGAUGGCCGAAGGCGUCGAGGGAUCUCUGAAUGGACGGCCACUGGAAGCAGCAGCAGCAGCAGAGAGUCGUCUGUCAUCGUCGUCAGGAGCUCAUCUUUUGGAAAAGGGCAAGUUGUUCUUGCGAGUGAUGGGCUUGAAGAACGUCAAGUUGCCCGACUUAAACGAGCGCAACAUGUCGUUCAACAUCACAUUGGACAAUGGCGUUCACUGUGUCAAGACUCCAGACUACACUUCCAAUGGAACCGCCAACGUUCCGAUUGGGAAAGAGUUCGAGUUGACGGUGAACCACGCCUUGCAGUUCAUUCUCACGUUGAAAGCGUCGUACGACAAGCCCAAAGAUACACUCGUGGAGGUGAAGGAAAGACGGGUUGUUCAGCCAAAGAAGAGAAUCAGCCGGUUGUUCGGCUCCAAGGAGGUCAUCACCACCACCAAGUUCGUGCCGAAAGAAGCCACCGACUCCUGGAAGAACUUGUUUGCCGUGGAUGGCCUGUUUGCGAGAUGCUACGUGGAUUUGGAACAGUACCUCACCCAAGUCUCGGGAACAGCGCGCAACUUCAACCUUACCUGCUUCAACGAAUGGGCCACCAUUCCCGGCUCUCAGGGAAAACUCAGAGAGCCAUAUUCAGUGGCACAGCUUGAAGUGAAAAUGCUCUUCGUUCCGAGAACAGAGCCAUACGAGAUCUUACCUUUGAGUAUCAAGGCAGCGUACGAGUGCUUGGACGAAAUCAAAAAGGAGCACUUCACCGAGGUGGAGGGAUACUUGCACCAAGAGGGCGGCGACUGUGACAGCUGGAAGAAGCGGUGGUUCAAGCUCCAGGGCACAUCAUUGGUGGCCCACAGCGAGUACUCACACAAGACCAGAGCGAAGAUCAACUUGACCAAGGUCACCGAAGUGGUGUACGUCGACCAAGAAAACAUCACGCGCUCGUCCAACAACUACCGCAAUUUCAGCGACAUUCUCUUGAUGGAGCAUGCGUUCAAGAUCCGAUUUGCCGAUGGGGAGAUUAUCGAUUUCGGCGCGCCCAACAAGCAGGAGAAGGCGGUGUGGAUCCAGGCGAUCCAGGAGAUUGUGUACCGCAACAAGUUCCGUCGGUUGCCGUGGGUGAACAUGAUGCUUUCCAAGAACAGGUAG